CGAACAUGAAAUUUGGAACCCUUAAAACCACGUAAAUAAACGCGACUACAAAGCGCGUGAUUCUUUUAAAUAAAACAAUAUGAACACUCGCCGUUCCUGCUAUGCCCUAAUUUGUUCUUCACUACGCCAAUGAAUUUCUCAAAGACAGCGAACAAAAACAGAGGAAAAUGAAAGCCUGUAGAUUUUAAAAUCUUUUGAAAAAUCAUUGUAUUUUGCAAGAUUUUGUAUGGAUUAUUUAAACUUAUCAUCGUUAGCUGAAGAUUUAAACCCUAAGGAUUUUUAGGGUUUUAGUUUAGUUGCAUUGUUAUUGGGACGAUCAAUUGGGAUUUAUCAGCAAUGAGGUGGGUUUGCUCUGUUUUGUAAGUUUAUUGUGAUGCGAAAGUCUCAAUCAGCAUCUGUUUCCUCUUCUAAACGAAAGAAUGUAAACCUAUUGGGAGUAAGAACUCGAAAAAAGCAUAAAAGGCUUGAUGCUAUUUGUGAGGAUGAUUACAAGCGGAAUCAUCGGGUUAAAUUGGAGGCUAAUAAGGGUAGUAGUAGAGGAGGUCAUCUUGAGAACGAUUCUGAGGUUCGUAGAAGUUCUAGAGUUAGGCGGGCUCCAGUAAUUCUUGAUUCUUCGCCGGUACCUACUAGGAAGAGGAGGAAAAUUGAUGAGACAAGGAAGAAAUUUGGGGAUUCAGGGAAGAAGUUGAAGGGAAAGGAUAAAGUUGAGACUGAAGGUUGUCCGUCCUCUUCUGGAAAUUCGGAUGAGGAACUGGGUGCGUGGAGAUUGAGACUGAGGUCUAGGGGUAAGAGUGGGAGUCUUAAAUUGAUUGGAAGUCAGAAUCAGACAUCUGGGAAACGAAAGCUUGUGUGGGAUGAUGAGGGAGAAAUGGAUUUAGCCAAGGAUGAGCCUGAAAAUGAAUUGCAGUGCUUUGAUAGUGAUAAAUCAAGGGUAUUGAAGUAUGUUGAUGAUAAGAGUGGUAGGGCUUUAGCUGAUAGUGAGGAUGAGUUGCAUGAUGGUUGUUUAGUAGAUGGUGAGUUGGAAAAUGGGGUUCAUAAUUCAGGAAAUGAAGGUGAAAAUGAAUGUCGUGAAAAUGAAGAUCAAGGUGGAGUUGAAGGUGAUGGUGAUUCUACCUCCUCAACAAGUGAAAGAAAUGGAAAUGAGGAGACUGUGGAUGGUGAUUCUGAUAGUUCUGCAGAACACAAGAGUAAAGGACCUAAUUAUAUUGGACCAGAUGAAAACUGUGAAAAUGUGGAAGAUAGUGAGCAGAACUAUGAACCAUUGAAUUGUUCAAAAACUGCUGAGGAUGCAGAAAAUCAAAGACAAGCAGAAGAGGGUACUACUGUUCCUACUGGUUUCGCUGAAAAUUUCGAACAUGAUGACAUGAAAGAGGAUGUUGCAGAAGCUGAGGAAAAACAAGCAGCGGUUGAGAGUGAUCUUAAUCUGGGGAACUGUAAUGUCAUUGAGGCUGGGACUCCUAGAUCACGUGUAAAGAAGGGUAGACGAUGCGGUUUAUGUGGAGGAGGGAUUGAUGGAAAACCUCCAAAGAUAAUGGCUAAUGAUUCAGCUGGGAGUGACAAUGAGGCAUACAGUGGUUCAUCUGCUUCUGAAGAAGGCAGUUAUGAUCCCUGGGAUGGUUUUGGUGACGAACCUGGCUGGCUUGGAAGACUCUUGGGUCCUGUAAAUGAUCGAUAUGGAAUUGCUGGAAUUUGGGUGCAUCAGCAUUGUGCUGUAUGGAGUCCAGAGGUUUAUUUUGCUGGGCUAGGGUGCUUAAAGAAUAUCAAAGCAGCACUUUGCAGAGGAAGGUCCUUGAAGUGCACCCGCUGUGGGAGGCCUGGGGCAACUCUAGGGUGUCGUGUGGACCGGUGUCCUAGAACUUAUCAUUUGCCCUGUGCACGAGCUAGUGGAUGCAUUUUUGAUCAUCGUAAAUUUCUUAUAGCCUGUUCCGAUCAUCGGUAUCUUUUCCAACCUCAUGGAUAUCAAUAUGCGCAGCAUAUAAAGAAACAGAAGGCCAAGAAGAUGAAGAUGGAAAUAAGAAAGCUGGCAAAUGAGGCUUCACGUAAAGAUUUUGAGGCAGAGGAAAAGUGGUUGGAGAAAUGUGGUGAGGAUGAAGAAUUUUUGAGACGUGAAACAAAAAGGCUUCAGCGGGAUUUGUUAAGAAUCGCUCCUGUCUAUAUUGGAGGUCCGAAUUCUGGAGAGAACCCUUAUGAAGGUUGGGAAUCUGUUGCAGGACUUCAGGAUGUCAUCCAAUGCAUGAAAGAGGUUGUCAUCAUGCCUCUUCUCUACCCAGAGUUUUUUGAAAACAUGGGUAUUACACCACCCAGAGGUGUCCUAUUGCAUGGUUAUCCUGGAACGGGCAAGACUCUAGUUGUGCGGUCAUUGAUUGGUUCUUGUGCUCGUGGGGAGAAGCGCAUAGCUUAUUUUGCCCGCAAAGGUGCAGAUUGUUUGGGAAAAUAUGUUGGAGAUGCUGAACGUCAGCUGAGGCUUCUCUUUCAGGUUGCAGAAAAAUCUCAGCCUUCAAUAAUUUUUUUUGAUGAAAUCGAUGGGUUGGCCCCUGUUCGUACAAGGCAGCAAGACCAGACUCAUAGUUCUGUGGUAUCCACCUUGUUGGCUUUAAUGGAUGGUUUAAAGUCUCGAGGCUCUGUGAUAGUUAUAGGUGCCACAAAUCGUCCUGAUUCUGUCGAUCCAGCUCUGAGACGGCCUGGCAGGUUUGACAGAGAGAUUUAUUUUCCACUACCUUCAAUGAAGGACAGAGCUGCUAUUUUGGCUCUUCACACGAGAAAGUGGCCUAAGCCAGUAUCUGGUACUUUAUUAGAGUGGGUUGCUGCUAGAACUGUGGGCUUUGCUGGUGCAGAUCUACAGGCUCUUUGUGCUCAGGCAGCUGUUAUUGCCUUGAAAAGGAAUUGCUGUUGGCACCAGAUACUAUCAUAUGCUGGAGACAGCUCUGAGCCUGGAAGACUUCCGAAGCUUCCUUCUUUUCUAGUGGAAGAGAGGGAUUGGUUGGAGGCUCUUUCUGCUGCUCCUCCUCCAUGUUCACGUAGAGAGGCAGGGGUGGCUGCAAAUGAAGUUCUUGGCUUUCCUCUUCACAUUCAUCUAUUUCCUUUCUUGAUGCAGCCACUUUCAAGCUUGAUAUUAUCUCUUAUUCAUGAUGAUCGUCUCUGGUUGCCUCAUCGUCUCUUUAACGCCGGAGCAGCAAUGAAAAAGGUUCUUGUUUCUUUUAUGGAGAGAAAGGGCCUGCAGAGUGAUCAAUGGUGGUUCCAUGUACAGGAUAUGAUGCGAGAUUCAGAUUCUAGAAAUGAAAUUGUGAAAAAGCUUUUUGUUGCUGGAGUCCUAAGUGUCGAUACUUCCACUGGAUGCGAUCUGUCGAAUGAUACCUCCUCUGGACAUGGUGGAUUUCGUCCUUUUGGCCUCAAUUUCAAAUCUUCUAGUUCGCUCAGAAAUUCAUGUUAUGCACCAUCAAAGAAAAUAGGAUAUAGAAUACUGUUUUCAGGAGAUCCAAGAUCUGGCCAAAGGCAUCUUGCAGCUUGCCUUCUUCAUUGUUUUGUGGGUAGUAUUGAAAUGCAGAAGAUCGAUUUGGCUACAAUUUCACAGGAGGGACAUGGUGACAUAGAACAAGGCAUUUCAAAUAUUUUAUUGAAAUGUUCCAAAUUGAAGCUGUGUGCACUAUUUAUGCCUAGAAUAGAUCUGUGGGCUGUACAGUCUUGCUCAAGUGUCCAAGGAGAUGCUGAUGUCUCAACACCUCACGUUUCAUCCAAGGAAUCCUCUUCGGCGUCCUGUCAGAUUGACCAUGAAAACUAUAGUUCCAUGCCAAAUACACCUGAACCAAUGGGAUCAACAGAGAACCAAAACAAGAUUUGUAGUGCUUCCCAGAUUUGGAGAUCUUUUGUGGCACAGCUGGAAUGUAUACAUGUUUCCUCAUCCUUGAUCAUACUGGCUACUUCUGAGCUUCCAACUGCAGCCCUUCCUUGGGAUCUGCGCCAUUUCUUUGGCAGUAAGCAUUUCACAACUGAGAACUCAGUAUUUUUAGAAUGUGGAACACCCCGAUUUCCAGUGGAGGUGGAAGGGGAGUUUGACCAUGAUAAGUUGAUUCGUUUGUCAUCGUUGAACUUGUCGAGAGAUUUGAUUCAACAAUUUGUGCAACUGGUUCACUUUGGAAAUCAUAGUAAUUCAGAUUCAAAAAUCCGUGAUAAAGCUGAUCAUGUAAAAAAAAGUGACUUGUUAUGUAGCAAAAGUGAUCUGAAAUCAAAACCACUGGUGGAAUCUAGGGCAAAACAAGAAGCAGUAGAAAGCUCCAUUGCAAAGCUGCCUGUUCCAUCUAGCUUCAAAACUGGUAAAGGAAAGUCCUUGAUGUUAGCUAUAACUGCCUUUGGAUAUCAAAUUCUUAGGUACCCCCAAUUUGCUGAACUUUGUUGGGUUACUUCCAAGUUAAAGGAAGGUCCAAGCUCUGAUACUCGUGGACCGUGGAAAGGAUGGCCAUUUAAUUCUUGCAUUGUGCGUCCUUGCACGUCAAUGGCAAAGGAAGCUGUUAUCAAUACUAACAAUAGUAAAGGGAAAUAUCAGUUUACAAUUGUUAGAGGUCUAAUAGCUGUGGGCUUGUCAGCAUAUCGAGGAAUAUAUACAUCGGCAUCAGAAUUUUCUCUGGAAGUGAGGAAGGUGCUCGAGCUUCUCAUUGGACUGAUAGCUUCUAGGAUUCAGGCAAAAAAAGACAGAUACCAAUAUGUCCGUCUUGUGUCACAAGUUGCUUACCUAGAAGACAUGGUUAACAACUGGUCACACUCAUUAAGAAGUUUAGAGCCAGAUGCUAAAACAUCGAAUGUGGACUCCAAGCUCAACGGUGUACAUUCUCUAGACAUUCCACAGCCUCCAGCUGCUAAUUUGAUUCAGGCUGUAGAUGAGCCAACUGCGGAGCUAUGGCCUGAAAAAGAAGGCCUGCAGGGAUUAAGUGCCGGAAGUCCUGCUUUUUUAAGCACACAAUGUAAUCCUAUGCAUUUUGAAGGAGGAACAAAUAUCCAAGUUAGUGGAUUUAAGCCGGUUGAACCUGAAGAGGAACUGCAGGGAAAUAUUGGUGAAGGUUCCCAACCUACUGCUUCCAGCAUGAAAAAAAUUGUUGUCGGUCCCAAUUUGAUGGAGGCUGUGAAAUUCAAUGAAAUAUCACCACAACAAUCUUUGGUUACGGACAGCAUUGAUUCUGCAGAAGCUGCACAUCAAGAAAAUGGCUCUCCCAAAAAGAAAAUUUUGGUGAGUAAUCCUGAGUCUAGCACCGACUUUGUGGAUUCUUUUACUGACAAAUCAUGUAGUAAGAUUCCCCAAGUGUUGGUGCAAGAGCCUUGUCAAUCGGAUGUUCUGGAAUCUUUUGAACAACCAAGAACAGAAGUUGGUACAUGUAAUUCAGGAAAGCUUAAAAAUUCUGCGCUCCAUGCAUCCCCUGAAUUCUGCGGUCAAUCUGUUCCUGAACAGUUGGUGAACAAUGUGAUUUCUCAUGAUGCUGAAACGUGCACGAUUAAUCAUCAACACCAAGAUUCGGAAACUUCAGAGAGGAACAAUCUGUCAUCAGAGUGUGAAGUCAUAUGCUCUUAUAGUUGUUGCAUUGGAUGCAUUGAUACUCUUCAAAAGUUGAUUAAGAAAAUAGUUGUUCGGGAGUGGAACUUAUCUUCUUGUUGCACAAUUGAAGAUGCGCAUGAUCUUGUUUCAAUGUUGUCAUCAAGUUUGUGUUCAACUAUCAGGAAUCUUUACAUCACUGAACGAGACAGUAGGCUCAAAAGUGAAGGACCCAGUUCGAAAACAGAUGAUUCCCUGGAAGUGAAUGCCUGCGAAUUCGAAAGUCUAGCUAGUAAACUGGCAAAUUUCGAGGAAUGCGUUUGUCAUUCAGGGCAGGGCUGUUCUGAUUCGGUUAAUUAUUCUUCAGACGUUCAACCUGAAUCCAAUCUGACGUUCAUUUUUAAGGAUGGUGUCUUGGUUACAACAAAUCUGGACAAGGAGUCUCCUUUGCAUUGUAAAUUUAACACCUUGAGCCUUUCUUCUCUGAUAGAAUUGAUAGAAGGAAUGAAACAGCCAUUGGAAUAAUGUGAUGUGAUGUGAUGUGAUGUGAUGUGAAUGUACUACUUCUCUGGGCUUUGAAAAGAGCUCAAUUUUUGACGUUGCUGUGAACUCUGUUGGACUAUAUCAUAAUAAUAAUAAUAUUAUUAUUAUUAUCAUUA